AUGUUAUCACCUCAUGCUAUCAGUCAGUUCCGUGUCAUCAGUUUGACUGAAAGCUCACGAGCAGGUGACGCACGUUUGCCCAUGAGCCUCACGAAGAAGAUCGAGGCUUUGAAAGAGGACGAGGAAGUGCUGACAGCAGAGCUAGCCAAAAAACAGAGCCAUACGGCAGACACUUCCAACACUAGUUACUCUGAGUCUCUUGAUUUGGCAAAGGCGAGGAGGUGGAGGCAGCGACCGGCGUCCGCGUUUGUUCCUUCCAACGCGCAACGAUGCGUGAUCGAUAGGAAGCCAGCGACAGCGAGAGGGAACCCGCGAGGGGAAGAGAAGCUGAAGGAAGCACGAGCUGAUCCCAAGGAGGAGUUGAACAAGGAGAUCGCGGAGUUGAGACGGAGCAUGUACGAAGAACAGGCGAGAGUGAAGAUGCUCAAGGAACGCAGAGAUGAGCUUGCAGCGCAGAGAGGAGAGGGAGAGCAGAACGCAUCGGGAUGA